UGAGUAAAAUAAAGUUAAUUCGAUUCAGCUUACCAAUAUACACAAAUGAGUGAGCGAGCCUUGGAAUCAAAAUGAUAAAAUGGUCUAAAUCCAAGCCCCAGAAUAUGCGCCGGCGAAAAGUGCAAGUAACCCCCAAAAUCCGAAACCUCCAAUUUCAUGCAAAACAUGAAAGAACCAAAUGAUAACGUUCGGUCAAUCCUUCAGAUUCGUUGCGUAGAAAAGCAAAGUGUUGCUUGAAAAUCCCGAGUACCACGUUGGCACUCCCAAGGUGGGGCAAUCUCGCAGCGUAUGGAUUCAGGAUAACAUAACCACAUUCGAUGGCCCCACCGCCUGAUACCCAAAGCCCCCAGCUAAAAUACAUUUUGGUUCCAACCAAUCCAAGGUCGUAGCGGUGCAAGGGUUUCGAUUUAGGCGGUCUUCUUCCAUUGGCUGUAAAGACCUAGUAAACUGCUCACCGUUCCAGCCAGACCGACAAAUCCAUCAUCAAAUCCAAUCAACCCAAUGGCGGAAGUUGGAAUGGUGAGAUCGCAAAGGUCGGAAAUCAGUUGAAGGUUGAUGGCGGCUCGUUCCCUGGGUUGAGUGUUAGCAUGUGAUUCGGGUGUCGGGGACUGGGGUAUGGCAUACUUUUCAAUUCUCUUGAGGGUCACAACACCCUCGCCAUCCUUCUUGUCAAUUCGUGCCUGCUGCUGUCUCAAUCCAUAAAGGGAAUAAACACUGCUCAUGGUGCUGAACAACAAUCCAAACAUCCAGCAUCUAUAGGCCUCCUUGGCAAGUCUAGCGGCCCCCUCGAACUUCCGAAUGCCGGCCACGUCAGGAACAGUCGCAGCAUCGAGGGUCAAGUAACCUGCAUAGCCCAACUGUCUGCCAACAGCGCAGUACUUGAUGAUCGGGUCCAAGCUCUUGGAAUUCGAGGCGAUGGCAGCGGCCUUUAGGUGCUCGACAUUCUUGCCAAUUCGCAUGAGCUUGCGCGCGAGAGCGAAUUGCUUCUUGAUGGCCUCGAAAGGGGCAAUCUCGCCAGGUGUGGCAUUGGUACGGAAGAGGUACCAGGCGUAGAAUCUGGAAAAGUAUUGGAGAGUUCGAAGGAGUUUGUCGCGUCCAACGGUGGUUGCGACGAACUUGAGGUAGUGGUCCACUGUGGGGUGGUAGGCAAGGGAAUCAGCAACCAUCGUGACGAGGUGCGAGGUGUUGUGUGGUGAUAUUGGCUCAAGAGGUGGCGGUGUUGACUUCGAGGAGUCGUAGAUUAGGGGUUGAGUAUCGCAAAACAAUACGGGUGAGGGUGAGUUGUGAGUUGUGAGUUGUUCGACAAAGAAUGUGGAAGUGAUGGAUGGGGAUGGGGAUGGGGAUGGAGAUGGCUUGUGAUCUGCCGCGGGUGAAUCGGAGGAGUAGGUACGGAGGCACUUGAGUUCAGGUAGGAGAUGGGGCCUCGGCUGUUGUGCUGUCGUGCUGCUGCAGAACCUUGGUCCGGGGCCCACCUCACGUUUGAUUUGCCGGGGUUACUUCCGAUAUGCAGCUCCCGAGUCCCGACUCCCCAGACCGACGGAAAAGUGCAGGCAAGUCACGUUUUAACGUGCUUCCACAGCCCCACCUAGUCUUGUAGACGCGCUUCUCGCCUGCUCGUCAUCGAUCUGAAGUCAUGUUGAUUGCUUGCGAAUAGUUACAUUUGCAACCACCAAAGUCAACACCGCACUCCUUAAUUGCUUCUGGCAGUGGAGGCUCCGAGAAAUCCAAGCUCUCAUGGUCAUCUGAUAUCCGCAACUACAAUGCCCGAAAUCGCAGAAGGUAAACGUAUUCUCCGGCGCGUGGGACCUGUUGACCACAACUGACAUCUCAAUAGUUGCUCGCGCUGUCCAUUUCCUUCGGAAGAGCCUCUCAGGCAAGAUACUCUCCUUAGUCAAAGCCCACGAUGACGCCAAUGUAUACGGAAAGGUUGGCACAACCGCCGCUGAGGUUCAAAAGGCAUUGAUGGGCAAGAAAGUGCUGGGGGCUGGUCAGCAAGGGAAAUACUUCUGGUUAGUCUUGUGGAAUUUCCGGUGUUGCAAAGUGUUGAUUAGGUUGCUAGGCUGGUUAUGGCAUCGCCUCCUCAUCCAGUCUUUCACUUCGGCAUGACAGGUAAGAGCUCAGUCUGUCAUGAUUGUACCAAUCACUGAUGUAGUCAGGCUGGUUCUAUGUUCGCGGAGAACGUACAAUUAACUUCCGCUCACACGCAUCGUCUGACGAAGAAUGGCCUCCGAAAUAUACAAAACUUUUGUUGGAGACUGACGGGGCAUCCAAGGCUGAAGCUGCAUUUACAGAUUCCCGGCGUUUUGGGAGAAUAAGAUUGGUUGACUGCCCUGGUGAUGAUAUUCGGCAACAUACACCAUUGAAGGAGAACGGUCCGGAUCCUGUUAUUGAUAAAGAUAUUUUGACGGUUGAAUGGCUCGAAAAGAAGAUGAAUAGCAAAAAGGUUCCCAUCAAAGCUAUGAUGCUCGACCAGGCGAAUAUUAGCGGUAUUGGCAAUUGGGUUGGGUAUGUUUGCUCAUUUCUUUAGACAUACUGCCAUACUAAUCACUUCUUACAGAGACGAGAUCCUGUAUAAUGCAAAACUCCACCCCGAACAAUACAGCAAUACGUUCAGUUCAGAUCAAAUCAAGCAACUUCACAAAUCGAUACGCUAUGUUUGUCAGACAGCAGUAGAUGUCCUCGGAGACUCGAGUAAAUUUCCUGAAGUUUGGCUUUUCAAUCAUCGAUGGGGCAAAGGAAAGAAAGACGCACCGACAACUAUGCCGGAUGGUUCGAAGAUUGUACAUCUCACCGUGGGUGGAAGAACAAGUGCGGUUGUUCCAAGCAUCCAGAAGAAGACAGGUGCCGUUGCUGGUGAUAUAAAGUCCGAGGACGCAAGUGAUGCAGAAGAGAAGAGUGAGAAGGAUGCUGUCAAGACGAAGGGAAAGGCGACCACAAAUGGAAAAUCGAAAAGCGCUGCUUCAAAAAAGAAAUCUGUUGCCAAAAAAGAGGCGGGAGUGGAGCUAGAGGAGGAAGAGGACGAAUCUGAGGAAGAGGUGAAGAAAGUGACUAAGAAUGGGGCUAAAUCAACAACUACGAAUUCCAACAAGAGAAAAGCUGCUACCCGAAAGGUGAAAGUGGAAGAUGAUGGGGAGGAGGAAGAGGAGGAAGAGAAACCAGCAAAACGACAGAAGGCUAAGCCAAUUAAAUCUGAAGAGAAAGGCACUGAUGUGGAAAGACCAAAUGGUUCGAGACGUAGAUCUGGCCGGGUAUCAAACGGGAUGGACUGAUUGUAGAAUAAUAUUCUGGGUUUCAUGAAGGGAUUGCUGUAAGAAUAUGUAAAAUAUUAAUGACUUUGAUGGCAUAAGCCUUUUA